AUGAUCGUUCGGGACUGGGACUACUGUCAAAUACGAGAUGGACCACUGGCAGAUCCUAGAACAUGUUUACAGGAUCGAGAGCAAUGGAUGCUGAAAGAAGGAUUGCCACAGCGGCCAAAUUUUGCUUACUACCCUAACCCGUAUCAGCCAGACAUGGAUGUAUCCGUCGACCGAUGGAACUACUGA